CAAACACAAGAGACAAAGAAUCGAAUUCCUGUCCAGGCUGGAGAAAGCAGUUCGUUUUCUCUGCCUGACCGGGCCUCCCGUGGCUUGUUGACAAUGUCACAAACAAUCUCCCCCUCGGAGCUCUCCAGCCACAACACCGUCAGCUCCCUCUGGAUUGCCAUAGACGGCCUGGUGUACGACUUGACCGAGUUCGCCCCAACUCACCCCGGCGGUCUGUCCGUCCUCCUCGAGCACGCGGGCAAAGAUGGCACAGAGGCCUACCACGCCGUUCACUCUCCUUCCCUGCUUCGGUCCAAUCUCCCGGUCUCCAAAUGCCUCGGCCGUCUCUCCUCGCCGCUCCCGGCGUCCUCGCCCUCUCGGCCGUCCCCGGCCCCUAAACCCCCCUUAUCCAGUCUGAUCUCCGUCCAUGACUUCCGCCAGGCUGCCCACACCUUCCUCCCGCCCAAGACCCUCGCCUUCGUCUCGUCGGCCGCUACCGACUGCCACACCCACGGUCGCAACAGCUCCGCCUACUCCGACAUCACCCUCCGCCCGCGCGUCCUCGUCGACGUGUCCGCCCCGGUGUCCCUCGAGACCACCAUCCUCGGCCAGCGCGUAGCCUCUCCGAUCUUCGUCGCCCCGACCUCCCUCGGCAAGACGGUCCAUCCGGAAGGCGAGCGCGAGAUCGCCCGCGCCUGCAAGGAGCUGGGCGGCGUCGCCCAGGUCGUCAGCACCAGCGCCAGCUUCUCCGUCUCCGACGUCGUCCAGGCGGCGCUCGACCACCCCUUCCCACCAGCAGCAGCAGCAGGAGCAGCAGCAGCCGGGGAUCCCGGCGCGGAACCCCCCAACGUGCCCGUCUUCCUGCAGCUCUACGUCGACAAGCACGCGCCCAACACCGAAGCCCUGCUCGCAUCCCUCACCUCCCCCGACCCUGCCGACCCCGCCGCAGCCAGCAAGAUCAAAGCCGUCUUCCUCACCGUCGACGCCCCCGUCCCGGGUAAGCGCGAGGCCGACGAGCGCGUCCCCGUCCCCGUCCCCACCCCGGCGGCGGCAGCGGCAACCACCACCACCACAACCACCACCAGCACCACCACCACGACGACCCCGAUGGCCACCCAGCUGAGCCCGACUGCCGACUCGUCCGGCGCCGCCCUGGGCCGCCUCAUGGCGUCGUACAUCUCGCCCUCGCUCUCGUGGGAGUCGACGGUGCCCUGGCUGCGGCGGCGGCUGCCGCGGUCGGUACCGCUCGUGAUCAAGGGGAUCCAGACGGCGGCGGACGCGGUGCGGGCGGCGCGGGCGGGCGCGGACGGCAUCGUGGUGUCCAACCACGGCGGGCGGAGCCUGGACACGGCCCCCGCGACGGUGCUCGUGCUCCUCGAGCUGCAGCGCUGCUGCCCCUGGGUGUUUGAGCGCCUCGAGGUCUUUGUCGACGGCGGCGUCGCCCGCGGCACCGACGUCUUCAAGGCCCUGUGCCUCGGCGCCAGGGGCGUCGGCGUCGGCCGCGCCGUCCUGUACGGGCUGGGGUACGGCAAGGACGGGGUCAAGAGGGUCUUGGAGAUACUCAAUGCCGAGCUGGUGACCACCAUGAAGAUGUGUGGUGUCACCAAGCUCGACGAAUUACACCCCGGGCUGUUGAACACACGGGCCGUUGACCAUCUCGUGCCAGACAGUCUGAGCGAGGAUCAUCCGUACGCAAAAUGGAGAAGGAGCAAGAUCUAGAUCUAGGGAGUCACGGCCCGAAUAUUUUGGUCCAUGGAGGUGAUCUUCAGUUCAAGAUUCUCGUGACGGUUCUGCGUAGUCUCCUCCCGAGAAAUAAAAAAAGGGUCCUUGCCUGGACCGAUGAUGGCUCAAAGCUUGACAGGUGCAAGCUCGAAGGAACAUGUCUUGAGGCACU